CUCCACCUCGACCUUAUCGUCAUCAUCUCUUCAUCAUCAAUCAUCAUCAUCAUCAGAGACAGUAGAGUGGUGCUCCUGUCUGAAUAGAAUACAAUUGAAUCUCAGCUCCACUGAAAAUGUCGCACUCUUCGCAGUCUCUCGGCCACGUCCCGAUCGAGGAUCACUCGUUCUCCGCCGACCGCGGCACGCUCGCGCUCGCCCGCGAUAUCGGCGUCGAGCUCUACGACACCUCUGGUCCAAAGUACACGCUGCGCACGUCGCUUGCCGGCCACGACAAGACGGUGACGGCGGUUGACAUUGCGCUGCAGUCGGGCCGGAUCGUGACGUGCUCGCAGGACCGCAAUGCGCUGGUGUGGGAGCCCGCUGCGGACGGCACGUACAAGCCCACGCUUGUGCUGCUGCGCAUCAAUCGCGCGGCGACAUUUGCGCGCUGGUCGCCGGACGAGAAGAAGUUUGCGGUUGGCUCGGGUGCGCGCGCGAUCGCGGUCUGCUACUUUGAGGAGGAGAACGAUUGGUGGGUGUCGCGCCAUAUCAAGAAGCCGCUGCGCUCGACGGUGCUGUCGGUGGAGUGGCAUCCGAACUCGGUGCUGCUCGCGGCGGGCAGCACUGAUUCGCACGCGCGCGUGUUUUCCGCGUUUGUCAAGGACGUGGAUGCGAGGCCGGCGCCGACGGUGUGGGGCGAGCGGGUGCCGUUCCAGACGCUCUGCGGCGACUUUGUGUCUCCGGCCGGCGGGUGGGUGCACGACGCAGCGUUCUCGCCGUCGGGAAACGCGCUCGCGUUUGUGUCGCAUGACUCGUCGGUGACGGUGGUGUACCCGUCCGGGCCGGAGCAGCCGCCCGCUGCGAUCGUGAACAUCACGACGACGAUGCUACCGUUCAUCUCGCUCGUGUGGUUGUCUGAGAACGAGAUUGUGGCGGCGGGCCAUGACUGCCACCCGGUUGUGUUUGUGGGAUCGGACCAGCAGGGAUGGCAGCUCGACCACUCGGUGGACGACCCGCUGAAGGUGAAGAAGAGCUCUGGGAAGGAGAGCUCGGCGUUGAAUAUGUUUCGACAGAUGGAUCUGAAGGGCACGCCUACGUCUGCGUCGGAGGACUCGACGCUGCCUACGAUUCACCAGAACACGAUUACGAAACUGCGGGCAUACGCCAGCAGCGGCGGCAGAGUGACGAAGGUGUCGUCGACGGGCGUUGAUGGGAGGGUUGUGAUUUUCAGCGUGUAGAUGUAUUAAUAAUCACACAGAAUAUAUUUACAUAAACAAUGAAUAAGCAAGUUAGGGCUCAAC